GAGAACUGCCCCUAGGAAACAGGGACCCCAGCUUUCACUGGGGGCGGCAACGCCGCCCCUUGGACAGUCUCCCAGCUUUUCCCAGCUGGCCCCACAGCUGCUGCUGCUGGGCCAGGGCCAGGCUGAGCCAGGGGACAUUAGCAUUAGGGGGCACACAGGGGCCAGGGAGCCAGAAUAGCAGGUACCAGGAUGCUGAGUCUCUGAGUCAGGAUCAGGAGAACAAACACCUGCGACACAGAAGCCCUGUGCCUGGCUGCAGGACUGAGGACAGGGCCAGACAGAUCCAGGCAGCAGUGAGCUGAGGGCGACAGAUGACGCUGGGGACAGACAGCAGCACAUCCCCUGUUGGGUGACUGGGCUCCUGUCUCCCCCAGGCCCCUCUGUGCUGAAGUGCCUUGUGAAACGCAGCGCGGGGAAUCCUCAGAGGUCCCAUGGGCUGUGUCUUCCUCUGUGCCCCGCCCAGAUCACCCCUGCUGCUCCUCGGCUCCCAAGAGGCAGCCCUGAAUCGCCAUCCACCUACAUCCCUCGUCCAUAGCUGAUGCAAAGAGGCCGAGCCCCAGCCCCAAGCGCCUGCCUGAGCACCCAGAGUUCUGUGCGUCUGCACGGGCGGCCAGCCGCUGAGCCCAGGCCGGGCCACGCUCUGCGCACAGGAGGCGGCUGGAUUUCUCCGUCCUAGUUGGCCUCGGGAGAGCCUCAUCCUGACUCCGCCAGGUCUCCUGUCCCUGGUCUGCUGCCCCCGGCGCCGUCGGGAGUCGAGGCAAUGGUGCCUCAAAAGAAGGACCAGGUGCUGCUACAGAACACAGCGCCCCCUGGGUGCCACCCCCAGCACCUCUCGCAACUCGUGGACUCUCCUCCCUGCAGCCGCCGGCCUGUCUCCCCCCACCAGUCCCAACCCCCGUCCCUGCCACCUUCCACUGGGUCCCAGCCCCCCUUCUCCCCUCCCCCACGAGCCCGUUCUCCGGCCUGCCAAUUCUACUCUUCUGACUCAAAUUCCGACUUAGCUCUUCAUCUCUACUCUUCCUCCCUCCCCAGCUCCCCCACUUUCUUUCACCAGAACUCCCUCUCGGUCCCCCUUCAACACUCCUCCUCUCCCUCGAGCCACUGGCUGUACCCCUCUCCUCCUCUCACACCCUGCUCGGCUCCGUCCCAGCCCCAGAACUCCUCACCCCGCUCACGCUGCCAGUCUCCUUCGAGGCCCGAAGACCUGCCCAGCUCCACCCACCCCUCCCCAAGCCCCAGCAACAGGCAGUCAUGUUGCUGGGAACAGUGCCGGGACACCAGGUCCCCCGGGGCUGGGGGGUGCGUGGCAAGCGAGAGGGACCCUGCGGAGUUCAGGGACCCAGGGGCCCUGGCCCAGGCCCUGGUGGUCCACCUGGGGCACCGCCGCAUCGCACAAGACCUGCGGCUGUUACUUUUGCAACGCCUGUGGCUAGGCAGAAUCGGCCAGGCCCCAGUGGUGGAGUACCCCAUAUGCCUGGUGUGCCUCCGGCCCCGCAGUCCCUCUUGCCCCACCCCCAGGUACAAGACUGGACCCAAGCUGCUGGCCUUCCCCCAGCUGCUGCCCUGUGCACAGGGCCAGGGAUCCGGGCCACUCCAGAUAGGAAUUGGCUUCGGCCUCCGCCUGCCUCUGGGCCAGGCCAGGGCCCUACAUCUGAUACCAGAAAGAAGACGGCAGGAAGCAGGGCCCCAGGGCGAGGCCACUCAGGCCCAGCGGAGUCAGGCACCAAUGUCUCCAGCCCCGGCCCCAGGCACACCCUCCCAGGCCGGGAGCCACAAGUCUGGAAGCCGUCACUCACCAAACUCCACCCGCCGUCCAGGGCCUCCGCCGCAGGCACCAAAGCAGGCUGCGGCCUCCCGAAAGCCCAGGUGUUCUCCGACUCCAAAGAGGCCUGUCUCUCCAAAGUCCAUUCUGCAAAAGUCGCCAGCCGAGCUGCAGAGCCACGGAGGCUCGCCAGAGCACUGCCUCCAAACCCCAGCCACCCCGCUAGGCCCCAGAUCUCGGGGAGUCCCCGAGACACCCUGAAAGGCUGGCUGGCCGGAAGUCAGGUGUGUGCUCCUGCCCUGAACCCUGGGAGCCCCUUGUGGAGUCUGCUGUCUCCCGGCUGAGAGGACCAGCCACGCCCAAGGCCCCACGAAGCCAAGGUGCAUCCAAUAAAACCCGCCCCCGUGCA